UGACGUUGACAGCAUCUUCUCUUUCUUUCCAUACUUGCGAAGUCUGUUGGCCGUGAACUGAUCUUGUUUCGUCCUGCUCAGUUCAGCAGGCAUUUUCUGUGUGUAUUUGACGAACAUAUUAAAAAUAGGCAAGCAAAAAUGACUAAAGGGGUGAUUAAAGUUUAUUGUACAAGUGUUACCACCAAUACAAAGCUUCGGAAACAACAGCAGCAGGUGAUUGAUACACUUGAAAGCAUGAAAAUUCCAUUUGAACAAGUGGAUAUAUCUGAUCCAUGCAAUGAUGAAGCCUUGAAAUUUAUGAGAGCCAACAGCAAACCAAGAAAAGACAACCAGAGGCCUCUUCCUCCUCAGAUUUUUAACGAUGAGGACUACUGCGGUGAUUUUGAUUCCUUUGCUGAAAGUGUGGAGACAGAUACUUUUUAUGAGUUUCUGAAACUGGUGAACCCUAACAAAACAUCAAGAGCAGCUGUGGUAAUAACAGGAGAGGAGGAAGAGGAAAAAGAAAAACAGGAUGAGACCAAAGAAGAAAGGGGAGAGGAGAAGGAGGAGACAGAAAAGUUAGAAGCAGAUAAGGAGAUCAGUUCAGAGAAAGAAAAAGAGGAUGUUAAACAGGAAGUGGAAAAGAAAGAUGAAGAGAAAAAGGAAAAGGAGAAAGGAGAAAAAGAGGAGGUGGAAGAUUCUGCUGCAUCUUUUGCCUCAAGGUUUAGAAAGAUGAAGGAUGAAGAAGACGAGCCAGAUGAGCUUCUCUUUGAGGAAGAAAAGCCAAAGGAAGAACAAAAGGAAGAGAAGAAAGAAGAUGCUGAAGAAAAGAAAGAAGAUUCUGCUGUGUCUUUGGCAUCACGUUUCAAAAAGCUGAGAGAUUAUGAAGAAGAGCCAGAAGAGCUACUGUUUGAAGAAAAGGAAGAAAAGAAAAGUGAAGACAAGGAACAAGUAGAGGAAAAAAAGAGGAUACCACUGCUGCCUUUGCAUCCAGAUUCAAGAAGAUAAGAGACUACGAUGACGAAUGUGAAGAACUUUUAUUUGAAGAAUCUUUAGUUGAAGACAAGAAGGAGGAGGAGAAGAAAGAAGAAG